UGAUGCGAGAAGUUGGACUCGUCCGUGAGCCACGAGAUGCACGCAGAUGUCAACCGGCAAAUUAUCGUCUGCUCGCCAGUCGUCAGGACAAUUAUGAUGUGUGGGCAUGGUACACAUGAGGAUGGGGUCUGAACGCUAGUUCAAAGCAAUGUCUACGAGAGAUUCCUGCAAAUGUGUGCCACAACCAUUAUCCCUGCUGAGCGCUGUCUGCAUAAUUUAUGCAAGGGGCCCAGUUCUGCGAAAGAAGGUAUUUGUUAGAAUGCUGCAAUUGGAAUUUUAUAGCCGUGAAAUUUUCUUUGAUGGAUUUGUGAGAACCCCCAGACGAUGUUCGACCGGGAGUAAAUCGGAUUGCAAUCAGUGCCCGUGGGAUAACAAUCUCUUGUCCAAAGACGGCAUCUGUUGUUGUGAUGCGACUGAUGUCUUUUAACUGAGUGGGAGCGAUUUCAGCUAUGGUUCCUGAUGUCUGAACUGGGUCAGGAAUAAUUUAACCAGCUUAAAUCGAAAAAGAAGACAUGGCAAUAAUGAGCAUGUAAAAGCAUCUUUCAAUGGAUACCUGUCAGUUGUAAAUGAUCAUGAGCAUCAUGAAGGGGAAGGUGAAGGUGAAACAGGAGCCCCCUGACGAGGAGCUGUCGGCCAUCUUGGACCAUGGCAUCCAGCUGGCAUCAGUGGAUGAAGAAGCUGAGGGUCUGCUUACACAGCAGAUUGAGGAGAUACUACCAGAUGAGGGUGAUGACGACGAUGAUGAUGAAGACUAUGAGGUUGAGGAAGAAGAGGAAGAUAUGUUGGAGGAAACACUGGAUGUACCAAAGAAGAAACUGAAGUGUAGACGCUGUGAUUUUAAAGCCAAAACGAAAAAGGAGUUAGACCGACACGAGGCUCGACAUGCCAUCAAGGGCUGGUACCAUGAGUGUCAGUAUUGCGAUUAUGUGACCCACAUCAGACAGCGUCUACAAGAGCAUGAGGCCAAACACACAAAUACCAAACCAUUUAAAUGUGAAAAAUGUGAAUUCAGAACACGAUUCAAAGCUGAUCUUUACAAACACAGAGCCAAACAUUCCACUGUCAAAAGAUUCAGCUGCCCACAGUGUGACUUCCGGACAAAAUGGUGUCGGAACAUCAAGCACCACAUGCUGAAGCACACGGAGGACAGACCACAUUCGUGUGACAUCUGUGGGUUCCGGUUCAAGAGGCUUCAGGACUUGAAGUAUCAUCUCUUCCGGCACAACGAUCUGAAGCCGGUCCAGUGUGAUUUGUGUGAAUUUAGGUGUAAGACAAACUAUGAACUCAAAUGUCAUCGUCUUAAACACAGCAACAUCAAGAACUUCUCUUGCACCUUUCCGGGGUGUUCCCAGAAAACCAAGACCAAAUCUGACUUGACCAAGCAUUUGAAGACCCACAAUAAGGACAACAGCUUCCUGUGCUCCAUGUGUGGUAAGGGAUUUAACACCUUGACGAGUUUAAACAAGCAUAAGGAUAGACACAGUAAUGUCCGAAAAUUCAAGUGUGGACUGUGCGAGAAGUGGUUCAAGAAUAAACCAUCUUUACGUGCUCAUAUGAAGGUUCAUUCAGGAAUAAAACCCUUUCAGUGUGAUGUGUGUUUGCGGAAUUUCCUCAACAAGUAUAACAUGCAAAAGCAUAAAGAGACGCACACAGGGGAUCGGCCAUAUGCAUGCCCCAUCUGUCCUUAUGGUGCAAGAACAAGUGACCAUCUCUUGGCUCAUAUAGGUUCCAUGCAUGGGGACUCGCAUGCCUACUUCUGUGAGCUGUGUCGCAAACCGUUCAAGCGUUACAGCCAGCUACAGGUUCACAUCAAGCGAAUGCACAAAAACGUGAAUGCUAUUGAUAGAAACGAUGAUGGAAAACUUGACAUCAAACUCGAACCAGGACCAGAUGGGACGAUCAUGACGGGCACGGAUGUCUUCAGUGUAAAGAAGAUAGGAGAUUGUCAUUUUGAGCCUGAAGUGAAGAGGAAGAGAGGUCGGCCACCGAAGAAUCGACCGCCAGUUCCUCAAGUAGUUCCUGAGGUAGUUCCUGUUCCUGAACAAGAACCAAACAACAAUGGCCCUGAAAACGUGAAACCAGCCAAGGUCAAACUGGAGGAAGUCAAGUCGGAAGAAACGGUAAAACUGGCAACUUAUCAAGAUGGCUUUAGACUCCCUUUGGCGACAAGAGGGUUUCAUUUUAAUUUUGAUAAGACUGGCAAGAAGCCCAAAUCUUGGUUCAUGCAGCCUGAGAACAUGUAUGGCAAAGCUGCUGUGAAACAGAGGGCUUACAUGGAGAAGAAGGAGAGAUACUUCGACAGGUUGAACAGUGGGCGUAUUCAGAGGGCCAGGAAGAAGUCUGAUGUUGUGUACAAGACGAUGGUUACCAGGAACAGCUCCACAGCUGGUACUCAGGACAGUGCGGACAAUUCAUCGGAAUCAGAUCCUCACAAGCUGCUUAUUACUGGCAGAACGAAACUGAAGACGAUGAGGAAAAUUAGAAGAAGAAUUAGAAAGAUGAAGGCAUGUUUGCAAGGUUCACCAUUUCUGAAAUCUCAGCCUGUGCAAACACUGGAAAAAGACGGUAUUUCUGAAGUUGGUGAUGGCACAAUGUCAUCCAUGGAAGGAUGUCCUGAUGAUGAUGAUGAUGAUGAUGAUGAUUAUGAUACAACUUUCGUGAAGGAACCAUGUUCUGAGGGUGAACCUGACACUCCAGUGAAGGAACUAUAUUCUAAAGAUGAACGUGUGACUGUAGUGAAGAAACCAUGUUCUGAAGGUGAACCUGUGACUCCAGUGAAUGAACUACAUUCUAAAGAUGAACCUAUGACUUCAGUGAAGGUGCCUCAUUUUGUCGAUGAGGAUGAUGUUCCUUUAAGUCAGCUCAAAUCAAAGGAGAUGCCAAAUGGACAGCCGUGUGUUGAAACUGCUCAACAAACUCCAGGUGCCAAAUAUAUUUCAAGGUCCCAACAUGACAGUGCUCUUGAGACUUCUGGAUCUCACAUCAAACUGGUGCUAAAGAGGAAAAAAAGGGGAACUUUCAAGGUCACAUUAAAUACAUCAGCUGCAGAGCCAAGGUCAAGUGAAGUGGAGACCAAUACAAAUAUGAUACCGAGUCAUGUCUCAGAUGUUUAUAACCGAAGUCUGCGAAUUCUAGGAAAGUCUUUACAAUCAAAAUGUGCAAAAACAAAUAAGGCAUCUAGAUCAAGAGCUGGAGUUGGGUCUAGUGCCACAUCAACUAGGUCUGUCUUGCCAAAACACAAGUCUGUAAUUAAUGUUGUAAAACAAAAGCCAAGCAAGGUGAUGCAUGGAAAGAAGAAAAUUGACCCUGAAAAGAAAACAAAGAAAGAAAAAGUUUCAAAAGUAUUAAAACGCUGUGGGCAAACAUCUAGGAAUACUAAAUUGAAAAAGAAUGGUGCAAAGUCAAGAUCUUCCAAAAAUGAGAAUGAAAAGUUAAAGAAAAAGGAAAUAAAACCAAAGGGUGUCAGGAAAGGGCCAAAAUCCCCAAAGUCGAAAAACAAAACUGCACAAAAAGGAAAGAAUAAGAAAUUAAUAUGCUCUUUAUGUACUGACCAGACCACAAGUAACAAAUCCAGUCAUGCAUGUGACAGCUCAGGUAUAGAUAAUCAGUAUUUAGCAACACAGAGGCGGUUUCUCCACGCUCAGUCGUAUGAUGAAUUCCCAAUCAAGAUUGAGCCAGUGGAGGAUGACUAUUCCCUCUGCGAGCCACAGCCUGGGACGAAUCCUGCCAUGGACGACUUCAACCCAGCUGGCCGAGUGGUGGUCAAACAAGAAACUGAUGGGAUGUUGGCAGGAGAAGACUGCCCCAUCACAGGCCUUGAUGUAAAGAUGGAGGAUGUGUCUGAGUCUUUGUCUCAUUGUAAGUAUUUGUAUGACGUCAAGCCAGCUGGAGAGGCUAAUCCAGCAGCGGCUCCAGGAGAGGCUAAUCCUUCAGGAGAGGCUAAUCCUUCAGGAGAGGCUAAUCCUUCAGGAGAGGCAAGCUAUGCCCAGCAUGCUAUCGCUUGGGGUUUGAAAGUGGACGCUCAGGACAAAACAAACACAUUUGACAAUUCUUUGCUUGACCUUUCAACUUCUGUUGGUGUAAAGGAGGGUCCACAAAACUCGUAUCUUACAAAAUAUCUGAUGUCGAAAUCUGAUGAUGUGGCUGCUUCAAAGGAGCAUUACAAGGUUUGUGGGGCAUCAGGUGAUGGGCUGGGUGGACCGGUAGAUGUAGUGGGUGGGGGAAGUAUACAUGUGCAACAGAACUGUAAGGUCGACAACUCCAGAGGCAUUGGGGAGCCUUUGCUUUCUCAAAAUCAAAUUACGGUAUGGGAUGAAACUACAGACUCACAGAACUUUAACACAAAUCUUUUACACCAAAGUGUUACAAAUUUGAAAACUAACAGUUUGUUUUUGCUUGAAUCUGUCAACAGAAGGUGUUGUGAGCCCACAGCAGCUGACACAGAGAACCUAAACAUCGAACCUCAGCCUCUUGAUUUAAGUGUCACAAAGAAGCUUGCCUUCUCGGACAGCCUGGUUGACUGUAAACCUUGGAAUGUUUGUGAGGAUCCCGGUAUUCAAGACAAAAAUGCAUCCUCUGCAAGUCCCCCUUUGUCUUUCACAUACACUUUCUAAUGAACACAGUGGUUCUGUGGGACAAGGGUCUCCACAUGCGGAGUUACCUCCCCUUGCGUACACAGCCAUAGCAUAUGACAUAAACUAGAAAUAUAAUAUCAUGAAAUUAAUUUAAUUGGUCCCUGGAUUAAAUAACUAUUGAAGAAAAUCUCAAGUCAACAAGCCCCCUAAAUUUGGUAACUUCUGUCACGUCUUAGUGGUCAAGCUCGGUGAUUUGGUUGAUUGUGGGUCAUCGUACCCCAUGGAGUGAAUGUGUUCACCAUAUUAAUCACUGGAUUGUCUGGUCCAGACUUGAUUAUGUUCAUAUAGCUAAAAAACAAUCAAACAAACAAACACAAGAUGCUUGGCCUGUGGGAUGUUGUAUUUCUUUCAGUACCCAGACUCCCUUGUUGUACUGGGUAUUGUAUGUUGUUGUAUUGAUAUGCUGCUGCGUGUUCACAUGUUUCGACUUGAUGUAAUUGAGGUUGUUUCCAAUGGCAACAUGAGAGGUUGUAUGAUGUCUGAUCAUGGCUGAUUUAAUGGAUCAGGAUCAGUGAUAUGUCGCACAGUGUAUCAGUGUUCUGCCGAGGCAGGGAUUUUCUCAAUAUUUUAUAGAUUGGUGCAUAGUUAUUUUCAGUGGGACAAGGGGUGCAUUUAUUUUGAUGGGUUAUUGCAUAUUAUUAUGGGAGUCAUAAUCUGUCUCAAAAACAGUUUACAUCAUGGGACAACUGCUUCUAUUAUGGAAUGUAAACUUUGUAAUAUUUGUUGCCUUAUGCAUCUCAAUUUUCUAUCACCUUCUUUCAUUGGCUGAAAGUCACAAAUGGUCCAAUCAGAAUUGAGUUUACACCUUUUUGCAAAAAUAGUAGUCAUAGUUCUGAUAAUGCCAAGAUGUUUCUGCUUCAAAUGACCGGAGAACACCAGAAUUGUUGACCAAAAUGUAUGUUAGCGAUACACAGAAUGUGUUGCAUGGCUCACCUGAGAGUGACUGUGGUGACAGACUGAGGAAAGAUAAAAACACUGAGAAAGGUAGAAGUUUUCAGCAAACCUGGUUUUGUGACUUCACAUGGUUGCAGCAGAAAUAUUAUGUCAUGUCAGCUUUGUAGGAUUCAUGUGAAAUCUAAUUCAGCUACAAAGCUACAUUCUAAUUUUAUAACGAGUACCUUGAAGAGACAUGCUAACGGCAGUGAUCACAAACAGACUGUUGAGGCUGAAUAGAUGACAUCGGAUGUUGUUCCAAUAUGAGAAAGAUGCCCUGUGAAAAUUCUGUGUAUCGCUAACAUUGCUUGUGGACAGUGAUUCUGCAUUAAAAACCUGCAUACCAUGGGGUUUUAAGUUUCAGAGUGUGUCCCCAUUGGUUUUGAAAAUGACCCCAUGUAUUUAUGCUGAAGGGUUCCCUGUCCCCACUUGUUCACUGGUGGAUUAUCUCAUCUUAAACAUUUCUGGUUUCCAUGGUGAUUUUCUUACAAUAAAUCUAUUACUUGAAGUUGAAGUAAACAGGGUUAUGUCCCAAUAAAUUAAAUUAUUGUGUUUCUAAAUUUAAGGACAUGGUAUUUACCGAAAUUAGGAUGCAGAAGAACCUAUUAUUCUUCCUCGACAAUAUGUUCCUCAAUCACCCGUGAAUACUUUGGGCCGAUAUGCUGUGUGGUAGUGAUGUUUUUCUAGGUGUAGUCAGCUGAUGUAAUGAGACGGAGUCAAAGAAGUAGAUGAGCCCUACUCAGGACGUGGUGCAAACCCUUAUUAUUUAGGGGGGAUUUAGGGGGGAUUUAGGAUUCCAAACUAAGUGCCCUUGGCAGGCACAUUGGGAAGAUAUCUAGUAUUUUUCAAUAUUGGAUUAUUUUGAUAUUCUUUGUUUCGAAAAAUCUGAAGUAUUGGGAAAAAUCAUUUUAGGAAUUUUACUGACAUUUGCUGCAGACUUGGGGCAGAAUAUUGGCCUCUGAGCAGGACGAGAUAAACCCCUGACAACAAUUGAACACGAAGUACGGAGUACAUCCACUGAUAUGGAGAAAUUUAUGUUAAGGAAUGAAUGCUGCUAUUCAUUAUUUGGUACCACUUGAAUAUGUUUCCUUAAUCAUUUAAAGACACAAUGCACCGCCGAAUGCUUCACAAGCGUCUAGUGCCAGCACUUUGGAAACUCAAUCUAUUUUUGACUAACAGCCUCUGAACAUGUGCAAUGAGUAAUAUUUAUGAUUUUUCCUUUCGAAUUUAUGGGGACAGAGGGAUUCGUCAUCUUCGGAUGACUCUUGUUGGCAUUUCUCAGAGACCCCAUUUUGUAGCCUUGGAAGCCCAUUUUUAGUGAGUGAGUGAGUUGGGUUUAACGCUGCUUUUAACAGUAUUCCAGUUAUAUCAUGGCGUGUCAGCUUAAUGUGGGAGGAAAGCCCCAAGUGAUGGGACAGUACAAUUUUAGACUUUUGUUCCCCUGGGCCCCCCAAAUAAAUAACUCAGGUAGCUCCCAUCACUGAAGCAGUGUGUAGAGCAGGUAACACCAGGUUAUUUCACGAGGCACACAAGGUCAAGCAAGACAUUGACGUUUGCGAGAAGUAAACAGUAGGGCUGUUACGAUUCACUCGCAUAUUCGGUGAAUCGAACCGUAUCCAUUCAUGAAUUGAAUUCGUUAUUUGUUGAAUCGAAUAUUUAUGAAUAUGCAAGUAUGUGCAUUUACA